AUGAGUGAUUCAAAAAACGACGAAAUACAAGUUUUACCAGAAAAAACUGAAAAACGAUCAUUUUUUAAUAACAAUCUUCCUAGUCCAUCUCGACCAGUUCGAUUCUUAUUAAGUAGAAGACAAGCAUCAAGAACAAAGAGUACUGUUGGCCUUGUUCACGAAGUGGAUACUGUCGAGGAACCAGAAGCAACAGAACAUGCUCCUCUAACAACUUAUGGUUAUUUAGAACAUAUACAAUCUUUUAAACCUUUGAUGACACCUGAUGACAAAAAACUUCCAAAAAAAGUGAGAGAAUUUUAUAAAGACCAACUAAAAUUAAUAACAUCAAUCGAAGAUGUUCUUGUACCAAAAAGUGACGAAGAAGAAGGCGAAGGAACAGAUUCUCCGAAAAAUCAUCAGCGUAGUAUCAAGAUAAUGACGAUGGUUCUUCUUAUUCUCAAAAUCGUUGGUGCAGUAGUGUCAAGAUCACUAUCAGUCAUUUCUUCUGUUGUUGAUAGUGCUGUUGAUCUUUUAACCAGUCUUAUCCUUAUCUGGACAGCUCGAAAAAUAAAACAUCGAGAUUCUUAUAAAUACCCUGGAGGACGAACACGUCUUGAACCAAUUGCUAUUGUUAUUUUAUCGGUAAUUAUGUGUUCAGCUAGUGUACAGGUCAUCUUUGAAAGCGGUGAAACAUUAGACCAAGAUAUUGAAUACUUUACACAUAAGAAUGGUAGUAAUACAUCAUCGUACUCAUUGCCUCAUAUUGAUAUGAGUAUUGUACCUAUUGUAUCUAUGGCUGUUACUAUUGUAACUAAAGCAGUUUUAUUCGUGUUAUGUUAUCGAAUUAAAGAUCCAUCAAUGUAUGCUCUUGCUGAAGAUCAUCGAAAUGAUGUGGCAUCUAAUAUUGUGGCUCUUGCUUGUGGACUUUUGGCUUACAAUGCUUUACAAGGUAAAAUCAAACAAGAAGUAAUCGUAGUCGAUCCAGUUGGAGCAAUCGUUAUUUCAGUAUAUAUCAUCAUUGCUUGGAUCUUACAAGCAAAUACACAAGUACGUAAUUUGACAGGACUUGCGGCUGAGCCUAAUGUUCUUCAACGAUUUACUCAUAUCAUAUAUAAUUAUCGUCCUGACGUGGUUACAAAAAUUGAUUCUGUUCAAGCUUCUCAUUAUGGAACAAAUUAUUUUAUUGAAGUUGAUGUCGGUUUACGAGGUUCAAUGCCCCUUACUGAAGCUCAUGAUAUCGGUGGAGGCUUACAAACUCAACUGGAAAGUAUUGAUGAUAUAGAACGAGCUUUUGUUCAUCUUGAUUACGAAUUUACACACAUGCCAGCUGUUGAACAUAAAGAUGUUUAA